GAAAAUGGGCGGAGACUGAAACACAACUGAAAAACAACAAACAGCUGGACUUUUUCAUUUGGUGUCUGAACGUCAAGCCAUGCAGAGCAGAGUGGGAUUGUUGAGGGAGUUUAGCUCCUACCAUGAUCUAACCGAACAUUUUCGCAUGUACAGAUCUCAAUCCAUUGAGACGCUGGACAAUGGCAUUGACAUGAAUCCGAGUACCGGCGAUGGACUGUCCAGAGAUGGCCUGGACGACUGCUAUACCACCUGCUCCCAGUCCCACUCCGGUCUACUGCGUGAGCACAAUUUCAAGGUGAAGUCCAAUUACUUCCACGUGGGCAACUGUGUUCACUGCGAGAAAAGGAUUGGCUUUGGAACGGCUUGCCUGCGUUGUCGGGCCUGUCCGCUGCGCUGCCACAUCGGCUGCUCUCGCCAGCUGACAGUCAACUGCAUCCCACAGCCGCAGAUGAGCAAUAAGCGUGGGAGCCUCAGUGAUUAUGCACCCACGGUGGCGCCCAUGGUGCCGUCUUUGAUAGUCCAUUGUGUGACGGAGAUCGAGGAGCGUGGGCUGCAGCAGGAGGGGCUCUAUCGACUGUCCUCGACGCGGGAGAAGUGCAAGCAGUUGCGGCAGAAGCUGCUGCGUGGCAAGUGGACACCGCAUCUGGGUAGCAAGGACACAAACACCCUGUGCUGCUGCAUCAAGGAGUUCAUCCGCCGUCUGGUGCAUCCCUUGAUACCCAUCUACCACAGGCGCGACUUUAAGAGGGCCACGAGCCACAGUAAUCCCACGGAAGUGGAGGAGCAGGUCUAUCACGUAAUGCAUAUGCUGCAGCAGGCCCAUCGCGACACUCUCGCCUACCUCAUGCUGCACUGGAAGCGUGUGGCUGACAGUCCGAAUUUAAGGAUGUCUAUCAACAAUCUGGCCCUUAUAUUGGCCCCAACACUGUUCGGUGAUCUCGACAUGACGGUCGAGAAUGUGACCACCUGGACCAAGGUGCUGAAGGAGCUGCUCCUGCUGCCGCAUGUCUUUUGGGUUCAGUUUCUGGAGGUGCAGCCUGCGCCUCAGUCCAGCGAUUACCCGGACGAUGACCGGUAUACACACAGACAAUUUAAACUCGAUAAAAUUACACGUGAAAACAGCUGCUCA